AGCAUGCAGGCCAAAAAUUUGCAAACAAAUCCACGAGAAUCUGCGGGGAUAUUCUCUACUUUAAUGUUUUGCUUUGCGUUGCCCAUACUUUUCAAGGGCAGGAAGAAAAACCUUGAGCCCACUGAUCUAUAUAAUGCUCUAGAAGGACACAAAGCGGAAACUCUCGGCGACAAAUUCUUCGAGACUUGGCAGUCGGAAGUCAGAUCCUGUGGGGAUACGCCAAAAAAGGAACCAAGCAUAAUUAGGGUUAUAUUGAAGGUAUUCGGAUGGCAGCUUCUCCUGUCUGGCAUAGCUGUUGGAGUUCUGGAGCUGGGAACAAGAGCGACCUUGCCACUAAUCCUGGGGGCUCUAAUAGCAGAGUUCACACGAAAUGGAAAUGGAGAUGGGCUCUGGGCGCAAAUUUAUGGAAUUGCUCUGGUUCUGAGCAUACUGUUUUCGGUGCUGAUGUUCCAUCCCCUCAUGAUGGCCCUAAUGCACCUGGCCAUGAAAAUGAGAGUGGCUGUGAGCACGGCUAUCUACCGAAAAGCACUCCGGCUGAGUCGCACUGCCUUGGGAGAUACAACCACGGGCCAGGUGGUGAAUCUCAUAUCCAACGACCUGGGCCGCUUCGAUCGCGCUCUGAUACACUUCCACUUUCUGUGGCUGGGACCGCUGGAGUUGCUCAUAUCCUCGUACUUCCUAUACCAACAGAUCGGAGUAGCUUCGCUGUACGGAAUCGUGAUCCUACUUCUGUUCCUGCCGGUCCAAACAUUUCUCUGCCGACUGACUUCGAGACUGAGACACCAAACAGCGCUAAGAACUGAUCAGCGGGUUAGGAUGAUGAACGAGAUUAUAUCAGGUAUUCAGGUGAUCAAGAUGUAUACCUGGGAGAAGCCAUUCGGGAGGCUGAUCGAGAGACUUCGGCGCAGUGAAAUGAGCUCCAUUCGCAAGGUGAACUACAUCCGGGGCACUCUUCUGUCCUUCGAGAUUACCCUGAGUAGAAUCGCUAUAUUCGUAAGUCUUUUGGGAUUCGUCCUGAUGGGCGGAGAGUUGACGGCGGAGAGGGCUUUCUCAGUUACCGCUUUCUACAAUAUCCUGCGACGCACGGUGUGCAAAUUCUUCCCGAGCGGCAUGUCGCUGAUGAUGGUGACCCUGCGCAGAAUUAAAGGAUUCAUGAUGAGAAGUGAGACUGCAGCUUUGUACCUUAAAGGUGGACAAACAAAUAAGCUUUUCGAAGGGGAACCCCUUGUGAAAUUGCAAUCCUUUCAAGCCCGUUGGAAUCAUGACCACGUGGAACCCGUUUUGGAAAACAUUAACAUCAGCUUAAGUCCACCGCAACUGGUGGCUGUCAUUGGACCCGUUGGUUCUGGGAAGUCCAGCCUCAUACAAGCCAUCUUAGGAGAACUUCCUGCUGAGUCGGGGAAGCUAAAGGUCCAGGGAAAUAUCUCGUAUGCCUCUCAGGAACCCUGGCUCUUCAAUGCUUCCGUUAGGGAUAAUAUCCUUUUCGGCCUACCCAUGGAUAAGCACCGAUAUCGUAAUGUCAUAAGAAAGUGUGCUUUGGAAAGAGACUUCGAACUGCUCCACGGCGAUCGCACUUUUGUGGGUGAAAGAGGAGCUUCCCUAUCCGGCGGUCAGAGAGCGAGGAUCAGUUUGGCCAGAGCUGUUUAUCGCCAGGCGGAUACCUACCUCCUCGACGAUCCUUUGAGUGCUGUGGACACCCAUGUGGGACGCCAUUUAUUCGAGGAGUGCAUGCGUGGCUUUCUCAGGGAUAAGCUGGUGAUUCUGGUGACCCAUCAACUGCAAUUUCUGGAACAUGCCGAUCUCAUAGUGAUCAUGGACAAGGGAAAAAUAUCAGCUAUUGGCACCUACGAGGAAAUGCUUAAAAGUGGCCAGGACUUUGCGAAACUUUUGGCCACGGAAGUCCAGGAAAUGGGGGAUUCUGAUGAGGAACAAGUUAAUGCAGAAGGCGAUGCCAAAAAUGAUAAGUCGACCUACUCCCGGCAAAGUAGUCGUGUGAGCAGAGUCAGUGUCAGUUCGGUGGAUUCCUCUACGGAGUCUAUACUGGACAAUGAAAGACAACCUGCUCAGGAGUCGCGAUCCCAAGGGAAAAUUGGAUUGGGCAUAUAUGGGAAAUACUUUUCCGCCGGCUCUGGAUGGCUAAUGGUCGUCCUGGUUGCCUUCUUCUGCCUGGGCACUCAAAUUUUGGCUUCUGGAGGCGACUACUUCCUUUCCUACUGGGUUAAAAACAACGACUCCUCUUCUUCUUCUAUGGACAUUUACAUCUUCAGUGGAAUCAAUGCAGCCCUAGUGAUAUUUGCUCUGCUUCGGACCCUGCUCUUCUUCAGCAUGGCGAUGCACUCAUCCACACAGUUACACAAUACCAUGUUCCAAGGAGUCUCCCGCACCGCUCUGUACUUCUUCCAUGCGAAUCCCUCGGGCAGAAUCCUCAAUCGAUUUGCCAUGGACUUGGGCCAAGUGGAUGAAAUCCUGCCCGCAGUGAUGCUCGAUUGCAUACAAAUAUUUCUUUCAAUCAGUGGAAUUAUAGGAGUUCUGUGCAUCACAAAUCCGUGGUAUUUGAUUAAUACCAUCACGAUGUUCUUGGCUUUCCAUUUCCUUCGCACAUUCUACUUGAGCACUUCGAGGGACGUAAAAAGAUUGGAAGCCAUAGCCAGAUCCCCAAUGUAUUCCCAUUUUAGUGCCACUUUAAAUGGCCUACCCACCAUCAGAUCUAUGGGGGCUCAGGACUUACUCACCAAGGAAUACGAUAACUACCAGGAUCUCCACAGUUCCGGGUACUAUACAUUCCUGUCCACAAAUCGAGCCUUCGGUUACUAUCUGGAUCUGUUUUGCGUGGCCUACGUCAUAUCGGUAACCCUAAUGAGCUAUUUUAGCCCUCCCCUGGAUAAUCCUGGUCAAAUCGGUUUAGUUAUUACCCAGGCUAUGUCCAUGACGGGGACUGUUCAGUGGGGAAUGCGGCAAUCCGCUGAGCUGGAGAACUCCAUGACCUCUGUGGAAAGAGUGUUGGAAUAUAGGCACCUGGAAGCAGAGGGAGAAUUUGAGUCCCCAGAGGACAAGAAACCACCCAAGAAUUGGCCACAAGAGGGUCUGAUCAGUGCGGAACAACUAAGUCUAAGAUACAACCCUGAUCCCAAGACGGAUAGAGUCCUCAAGUCACUGAAUUUCGUUAUCAAGCCACGCGAAAAGAUUGGCAUCGUGGGCAGAACGGGUGCCGGAAAGUCGUCCCUUAUAAAUGCCCUCUUUAGGCUGUCCUACAACGAUGGAUCCUUGUUGAUAGACAAAACGGACAUUCUCGGAAUUGGGCUUCACGAUCUGCGCAGCAAGAUCUCUAUAAUUCCACAGGAACCUGUGCUAUUUUCCGGCACCCUGCGCAGCAAUUUGGAUCCCUUUGAACAGUAUGCUGAUGAAAAAUUGUGGAAGGCCUUAGAAGAGGUUCACCUCAAAGAUGAGGUGUCGGAGCUGCCAAAUGGCCUGGAAAGUGUGGUUGCCGAGGGCGGAGCCAACUACAGUGUAGGUCAGAGGCAGUUGGUCUGCUUGGCCAGGGCGAUUCUCCGCGAGAACCGCAUCCUUGUGAUGGACGAGGCUACCGCAAAUGUAGAUCCCCAAACAGACGCCCUCAUACAAUCCACCAUUCGCAGGAAGUUCAGAGAUUGCACCGUUCUGACCAUAGCCCACAGGUUGAACACGAUCAUCGAUUCGGACAGGGUCAUGGUUCUGGACGCUGGCACUCUAGUGGAGUUCGGGUCACCAUUCGAACUACUGACCCAAUCGUGGAGCAAAGUCUUUUACGGGAUGGUGCUCCAGACGGGUCGUUCGAGUUUCGAGCACCUUCUGAAGACGGCACAUGAGGCCCACGAGAGAAGACUGCUAUCUCAAUAAAUAAUAUCAUGAUUAGAGAGUAUAUACAGCUGUGUUCAAAAAAAUAGCAGUGCGAUGGAAACUAAGAAACACAAAUGUAUUUCUCCAUGUCCCUUUUUGGAAUCCACUUUUUAUUCCACUUAUUUUUGUAAAAUGGAAUGUAUAGAUAUAGAAAAAAAGAAAAUCCCGUCAGUUUUUCAUGUUAUCCUUUUUUUAUUUACAUUCUUGAGCAAAUUCACCACUUUUAGGCUGUUCAUAAGAAUAGCAGUCUCUGGUUUUGUUCAUCGUAAAGUCUCGAAAUGAUCAAUAUUUUCUAAAAAGUGAGUUUGGUUAAGAUAAUUCGUAUAUUUUAAAGGGCAAUAAAUUAAAAAAAAAUUCAAAAAAUUUUAUUUUAGUGGGUAGAGGACACCACUGCUCCCAGGAGAAAAGAAUGUUAAUUUUUAAGCUUAGAAAGGAAGGAAAAACAUAUAAGGACAUUCAAAAAACCCUUGAAUGUUCUGCCAAAAUGGUAUCCAAUGCCAUUAAAUAUGAACGGAAGCCCGAAAACCGUGUUACCAUACGUAAAACCACAGGUAUAGACGAUCGUCGCAUAGUUCCUUACAGCAAAGUCUAUCCUUUUGCAUCCUUUGGGGACAUAAAGUCUGAGCUGAACUUGGGAAUAAGCGACGUUACUAUUCAGAGAUGACUACUGAAUCAAAAUGUUUGUGAGAGGAGUCCACAA